UUCCGCCCAAAGAAACUAUUAUUCUGGAUACAGACAACAAUGAAUUAUCAGGAGUUAUUGGCCCUUACGACGAAGGUUCCGAACUGAAACUACGGUGCGAAUCUAUGGGAGGUGUUCCGCCCCCUGCUGUGACUUGGUGGAGAGCGUCUACCCUUCUGGAUGAUACUUUUGAGACCCUUCCAGAUGGAGUCGUUCGAAAUGAUUUGACAAUACCGAGGUUACUCCGCUCUGAUCUCUUAAUGGUGCUUACUUGCAAUUCUAACAACAACAAUGCAACAGUUGCUGUAGCGACAUCAGUGAAGAUUAAUUUAAAUCUGAAGCCCGUUGAAGUACGAAUAACGUCCAUCCGUCGACCCUUGUCAGCCGGGCGUCGAGCUGAAUUGGAAUGCAUCUCGACGGGAUCUCGGCCAGCAGCCCGCAUUACGUGGUUGCUUGGCACGACGCAGCUGGCGAAUACGUCGGAAAGUUUCUCUCCAGAUCGCAACCGAACGACAAGCAUUUUAAACUUCUGGCCAACUGGGGAUCAUAACAACAAGUAUCUCAGCUGCAGAGCAGAAAAUCCUAUGCUUCCAGGACAGGCUGUGGAAGACGGCUGGACACUUAAUGUAUCAUAUGUACCUCAAGUGAUGCUGAGCUUGAAAAUUGAUCAUGGGAAACAACAAGCGGCUAGUGAAGGCAGCGAUGUUCGCUUUCUUUGCGACAUCAAAGCAAACCCUUGGGUCGUGGAUGUUGGCUGGCUUUCCGAAGAUGGAAAGAUGUCGCAUGAACCAGAUAUUGGAGUCAUCAUUGCAAACAAUACGCUAAUUAUUAAGAGAGUACAAAGAAAACACGCUGGAAACUAUCAAUGCUAUGCCACCAACAGCGAAGGAACAGGACAAAGUGAAAAGGUUUACCUAAAAAUUAACUAUUCUCCAAUUUGUAGAGCAGGACAAAAAAUUGUUUACGGUGUGGCUAAAGAAGAACCAGCUAAGGUAGAAUGUAGUGUUGAUGCCGAACCUUCAGACGUCAGUUUCAGGUGGAAUUUUAAUAACAGCAUAGAGCAACAUGACAUUCUUUCAUUCACAAGUUCCGGGCCAACCAGCAUUGCUACAUACAUACCAAGGACACUGAAAGAUUUUGGAAAGUUAUACUGCUGGGCAAAAAAUCGAGUAGGCGACCAACAAGUGCCGUGCAUUUUCAAUGUAAUACCAGCAGGCCCCCCAGAUCAAGUCCGAAAUUGCUCCGUUACCAACUACACAUCGGAUUCCCUAAGAGUCGAAUGUGAAGAAGGAUAUGAUGGUGGUUUACAGCAGAAAUUUUACCUAGAAGUUUACAAUGAAGCUCAAGAAUACCUAGAAAAGAAUAUGACAAGACUAGAGCCAGUGUUCAUAGUUCAAGAUAUACCAUCUGCUACAGAAUAUGUACUUGUAAUAUAUGCAGCUAAUAUGAAGGGAAGGAGUCAAUCCGUAGUUAUCAAAGGCUCAACUGAAGCAGCUCCAAGAUCGGAACAAGGUAUUUCUUCGGAAUCUAUCAACAUUAUUCUAGGAGUAAUGAUAGGUGUGGUUGCAGCAUUAGUCUUCGUUGCUGGUAUAGCUGUAUUCAUUAUAAGGAUGCGAGAGGAAGAAAGAGAAGCUGGUUCCAGGGAAGGACCGACUAGAGAAAAAGAUGAAAUUCUUCUGAAGAAAAACUUGGUCGAUCCUGCAGAACACGAUGGUAAAGAUCCAGAUGUUAUUCCUCCACAAAAUGUUUAUUGCGCUGAGAUGGAACAGACAGGAGGAAUGCCCAACAUGCUGCUUCCGCCUAAUGAUUACAUGACAGGACCAGAAGAACGUCCAAACUAUCGGAUGGAAGCUGUCCAAGAAAUGGGCUUUGAUCCAACGCCAUGUAAAAGUGAGCUUUAUGAAGCUGGUUAUACUGGCAGUUUGCAAAGAAAUCCAAAGCACCGACAGGAAGCUUAUAUCGACUUCGGUCCUAGUCAGACUGUAGUGACGCCCAGUAUAUGUCAGUUUGACGCCAAUGCUGUGCCCUUUGCCACACUGGACUACCAUCGGCGUCCGCCGCCUUCGAUGGUAGGAGGAGUCAUGCCACCACACGUUGAGCCUGAAGACGAGAGGAGAACUUUGCCACGUGGAAGAGCUGCCAUGCACAAUCCUAAUUUCCAUGGAAAUAGGUAUUAUGUUGAAACGGAAUUUCCAUGAGUUGCAAGUGAAAGACUCUUUCCAGGAGGUCUAUACACCACCUCGGGCUAGGAGAACCACAAUUUCGACACCGGUGUGAUGCCAACUUAUUUAUUUCGGUGAAUAACUCCAAGUAUGUUGCGGCAAUUUUGGCCGAUUGUCGUUUUUGAAAAUAUGAACUGUUUGGACUCUUUCAGUUAUAGAGUUUCAUGCGAUGCCACUGACAUCCGAUGAAUAGCGGAAAAUGGCAUUACCAAGGCAACAGAUUUUGUGACUAUUUGCUUCCAUCUCCUAAGCACAGACUAAUAUAAGACAGUACUUUUGUACUGAGUACAUAUAGAAAAGUGUACACUUUAGUCGCACAUUUGCGCUAAAAUAAUUUCGAAAGAUACCAGAACUGGCUAUAUAAUGUAUUAAUGAAAAGGGCAUAUUUUUUAAAUUUAAAUAGCACUAACCAUGUGUUGAGAUUUGAAUUCAGACUUUCCAAAACUCAUUACUAAGCAAAGUAAGAAUGAUUCUGAACUGCAGUUUCGCAUUACGUAAGUCAAAUACAGACUGUAUAGUAAUUCUAACAGCUAAAACAAUUUUAAUUUAAAUUCAAGCUAUUUACUUUUCAGUGCGUGAAAGCAUGUAUGAAAAACGAACUGUUAAAAUAAAUAUUAUGAAAAAAAUUGAGACUGAUGCUAAGAAAAUUGGAAAGUAGCUGAUGCAUAUACUAUCGAACCCCAUUAAAACGAACCUGGCUUAUAACGAACCCCCGGAUAUAUCGAACGAACUUUUGUUUCCGCCCAAUAUCCUAUAUACUUAACAUUAUUUUACAAUUCUAUAGAGAACUUCUAGAAGUAGGAAAAUUGGUUAUAACGAACUAUAUGGAUAUCUCCAAUUGAAACAUUUUUUUGUAUGUGUCGCAUUUUUGGGGGAAUUUCAGCAAGUUUUGAUGAAAAGACUACUAACCCUUAAAAAUCAUCCAAGUUCAGGAUCCUAGUUCCACACUUCAUUGGUAAAUGGAAACAUCUUUACAUUGAUUUUCUUUCAUGUUCAACUCCAUUUUUCUCUGUGAAAGACUAUGCGAAGUAGGUGCGACAUCCAAUCUAGGAGAACGAGGGCGCAGAAAGCGUAUGUCUAGGAUACCACAUGAAGUUCUUUGUAUAUAGUAUAUGUGACGAUUAAUGAGAGAUUAAGUGGAGCCUUUGAUUCCAUUCAAAUUUUUUGACUUAUCUGUAGGAUAGAGUUCAGAAAGGCUGAUAUUAUGAAGAAAAUUUUGAAAUUUUCCUUAUUCAGGUAAAAAAAUGAAGUACUGAAUCUAAUAAGUUUGGAUUAUACAGUUCAUUCGUUUUUUAGCGAAAGAACAGUUUUUAUCCUUAAUCUUUUUUCUUUUAUGCGUGUGUGUAUAUCUGUGUGCAUGCUGAUGUUGUUUCGUUUGUGUAUAAAUGCUGUCCAAAUUCUGUCCUCUCAAUGGGGCUUUUGCAUUCAUUUGAAAGUAAAUGAUAUUCUUUAUAAAUGUUCUUGAAACUUCCCUUAAUAAUCCUACAUAUCUUAAGUAAGUUAAAGGUAAAUUCGUCAAUUUUUUAUUUCUAUUGUGUAUUUUUAUUUUUAUUUUAUUUAUUAUUUUUUAUUUAGUUUAAUUAAUUAAUUAAUUAAUUUUUUUGUUUUUUGUUAUUUAUUUUCAUACAAAGAUAAAAAUAGGAUUUUUAUAUAAUACCGUGAAAUAAUCCGCUUUCUUUAUCGAAUCAGAUACAGCGAACUAAAUUUGUAUUCCCUUGAAGUUCGUUAUAGAGAUGUUGCGUGUGUAUGAGUCUGUGUGCAAAUAGCAUUCAAUAGGAAGUUUGGCAUAACAUCGAAAAUGGAAUUAAUAAAACAGAAAUCUACAUUACAUGACAAAUGUGAUGUGAAAAAUAAAAGAUGUCAAUAAUGAUAAAAUUAUGAUGGAAACAAAGAAAUGACGAAUUAUAAAAUUCCAAGAUUCGAUUGUGAAACUGUACAAUACUUUCAAAAUGUGCUAUAUUAAAAGGUAUUCUAAGUUUAUUCUACAGUUAAAUAUAAAGACAAAUAGAAAGCUUUUGUUAAAACCGGAUAUUUUGUGAAAUAGGGAGUAAGCAGACGAAAUGUUGCCAAGCUGAAGAAAUUUAAGAAAGUACGAAAGAAUGGCUGGUGUUUUAAAAUAUCUAUAAACUGGUAAAUUAUAUUUACGAUCAGUUCUGAUCUUCAUUUAAGACUAUUUUCCUUUCUUUUCAGUAUUAUAAAAGUGAACUUCAGCUAUAGUUCAGUCAUUAAGUGAGAAUACGUGCAUAAAAUAAAUCAAAAACUAAAUUUAGAAAUUUGGAAUUCCGUAGCUUUGUUCCUUUUAGCCUCUCGCUCUGCGACAAGAUUCUUUCUUUGCUAGGAAAUACAGAAUUAGAUUCAAUACAAAUGGAAACUCUUUCUCGCAUUAUUUUGCGUAUUUAACUAAUUUUUUAAAAAAUAUUGUUGUUAAGUUUUUAUUAUUAUUUUUCAUAUGACGUAAUUAAUUGGGAUAGUUUAAUCUGCUAAUUAAAUCUGCCUUGAAUAAACUGUGCAAAUUAUUGAAAAAUAUAUUUAUAUAUUUAGAAUAACUUAUUAUUAUAAAAGUUUGAUAAUAAUUUAGACAUUUCUUUUAAUUAUACAAGAAGCACGGUAUCGACUGACUGAUUGCGUAUUUGAAUGUUUCACUAGCACAUUAAUUUGUUCAUAUGAACUGGAACGGUGGAGAUGUCAUUUCAUAUAAUCAGUCAAUGACCAUAAAAAUUAUAAAACUUUAAUGAUCCAGGCAUAGAUGUCUUUAUAAGUGUGUUCUCAAGUUCAUGUUUGUUUUUGUGGUGUGGUAAGAAAAUGGAGAAAUAUAUGCAAGCAUACACGCUAAUACAUAUUUAAUUUUUGGCCAGUUUUUUCAGCAACAGUUUUCUUAAAUAGUUUUCUGUCUAGGCGAUGGUGCACUUUAUAUGACACUAAUUUAGGAAUUCCAGGAUUUGCUUUUACAAACAAACAUUUUGAAAUCCGUUUAUGACUUAAUUCAAAGUAUGGAGCUUACAUAUAAUUACAGGAUUUGGAAGCAAAUAUGAAACAUCAAAGAAUUUGUACGGUGUGCCUUGACGUAGAGAAAUGAAAGAAUGUUGCAACUUUUAUCUAAACAGUUGACUCUCUUUACGUUAAAUAAAGUGAAUCAAUAACGCAUGAGGAAACUUGAAGCUAUCAAAGACUUCUCCUGAGGUUCGAAGGCGUUACAGAAAAUGAUACAUUUAUUAGAGGAAAACAUCAGCAUAGAAGUAUCAUUUCUGAUUUAAGAACUUUUGUUGUUUUUGUCUUAGUAGUUAAUGUGUUCCUUCAGAAUUGAAUGAGGAAAAUAUUGAAUCAACGUUUCAUAAAAUAGGUAAUAAAUUUGCUGAUCCUUACGUACUAAAUAGUGUAUUUGUGGCAUCACAAAAUGAAGGGUACUUCUUAUUAAAAAGGCAGCAAUUUUAAAUCAUAAAUCAUUUAAACCAUGGGGUCUGUUUUUUUCCCUUCGAAAUUUAUAAAAGAAAUAAGUGAUAAUAUAUAUUAAAUAAAACGCAUUUUGACCAAACACACUUGUUAUUUAGAUUAGUAAUAAAUAUUAUUCACAUAAGUUCCCAGUAAAACAUAUGUGUCAUUUUGAAGACAUUUAGUAAAAUCAAUAAAAUUUAGAUUAUCAGAAUAGAUAAAUAGAACAACAUAAUACACACGAAAUAUUCAACUCAUUCUAAUAGUUUUGUUAGAAUAUUUCAGAUGGACGUUAUUGACGUAUAUACAAAAUAUGAUUUAAUAUUAAACAAAAUAUAUAUUAUUAAAAUAAUAACAUUCAUUGAAUGUUACAAAGAAUAAAGUGCGAAGCACAUUUGCUUCAAAAAAUUUAUUUCUUCCGCUAUUGAUAAAAUACCUUUUUAUCGAAAACAUUUUAUUGAACUUUAAUUAUGUAAAGCUAUCCAUCAGACAAAUAAAAUUAAUUUCAUUUUCUUUCUUAAUGUUGACUAAAACUAUGUCUGAAUGACAAAAUAAAGACAAUCCCAUGCACUAUAAUCAAUACCUGUUGUGUAUUACGCAAAUACGAUGUUAUACAUUACACUUUUGUGGAUGUAAAAUAAUUACAGACAAAAAUAUGCUAGUUCUGCUAUUACCUCUGUUCUGUUUUAAGUUAACAAGUGCUCUUAAUAUCAAUUUAUUAUAAUAUACUAUUUAAUUUACCAAAAUAAUUGUAAAUACAUUUAAUUUACUGCAAUAACAUUUAUUAAUGUAACUUUAAAAUUUUUGAAAUUUUGUAUUUGUAAGAAGAAUGUAUGAUAGCUCAAAUAAAUACUACACUGUUGUUUUUCCGGUUAGAAAUAAUUACAGAAAAAGUUAUUAAAAAUGAAAUAAAAACGCUGCUUCAUUUGUCUCGCAUCGUUAUGAUAUAAAAUAAAAUAUGUUGGUUUUAAAAUGAUUUUUAGUAAUGAAUAUAUUCGUAAUAUAUAUUCCACAAUACAUAGUUAUACAACAAAAAUAACAAAUUAGUUUUACCUUUGUCUGUCAGUUAGCUUUGUCUGUGAGAAAGUUAAACUUCAAAUUUCAAACUUUGAAUGACACAUUCAUAAAAAUCUUCAGUUUAGAAAACAAGACUCUUUGGAACAGCUCAACCUACUUUACCUUAUAGUUAUAUAGUACUUAUGCAAAAGUAGCCUUAAGACUGUUUGAAGAUUUUAACAAGACAAAUUAGAUAACAAACACGGGCAGAAUCAAGAGAAAAAUACAUCAUAUGCAGCAUUUAGAUGUAAACAAAUAUAAGUUUCUUUUUAAAAUAAAAUCAUAAGUAUCCUGAAAAAUGUAGAUGACUCCAGAAUGAAAAAACAAGGGUAAUAAUAAUGCGCUAUUAGAGGUUUUACCUUUAGAAUUUGUAUAGUGCUGUGGAACUGUUGUAAAAUGAUAUGUUUAACGUGUCUAAAGAUUUUGUUACUGCUGUAUGUACAUAUAUCUAAAGAUUUUUAUACUUAAUUAUCUGCAAAAGGUUAUAACAUAAAAUUAUUGAUGCUAAUUCAGCCUGACUGAAGCAUAAAGUUAUCAGUCACUAAUGAAAUGAUGAACAAUAAGAAACAGCAUACAACAAAUGACUUAAAGUUGGUGACUUAGCGCUAUAAAAAAGGCUUAUAUUAUUGCUGCGGCAUUUCAUAAAAAUAGACAUGUCGUUACGACUCUUCCACUUUUAACAACAAGGACUAUUAAAAUGUACAUUG